AUGACAUCCUCUUUGGAUGAUCAGCAAGAGCGCCAUUAUAUUGGUAACCUACUGUGUGAAGAAGAUGUAUUUGUCCCCACUAAUAGUUGUAACAUCGAAACAGGGGGAAAUAAUAGCAAUAUCUCGUCUGGGAAUGUAAUGCCAAGUUCAGGUCCAAUUGGCCCAACUCCAAAUCGUACUUUCUGGCCGGAACCACCGCCACCAUAUAGUCCAUGUUAUAUUAACUCACCUCAGUGGACAUCACUUAGCCAUCAAGCGCCAGAAUUACUGGCACCCUUGUCAGCUGCUUUAUCUUAUGGACAAGCACCUACUGCCACAGCGGUUACACGCACUGAUUUUUAUCAGUCACCCUAUGGAAGGCGCGAUGAAUGGGAAAAUGUGUCAAGUGCAGCAGUGGAUGCUUUCAUGUCAUCAGCUGCGUUCCCUUAUGCCCCUCGUCAGACGGUAUCGGUUUUGAAGUCUCUCAUGACAAAAAAUAAUACUGUGGAUAAUAUGCACCAGCAUCAUUAUAAAAAUAUAUAUCGUCACCACCAACAGCAUCUCGGAAGUGCACCGCCUGAUCGACGGUUAUUCACAGUUCCGCCACCACCAUCGCUACCACGCGUUUAUUCUGAUGUUGACGAGAGUAGUGUAUUACAUCUCGAUCCCUUUUUACCACAACAUCUUCCUCCGAAAGAAGCAAAGAAAACUGCUAAUAAACCCACGCAUGUGGAAAAUAUUUCUUUAAAUUUGUUACCGUCGGAAGUACUUCCAAAAACCGUGGCUUUACCAUUGGGAAAAAGCUAUCGAGAUGCAGCUUCUAAAAAAGAACACGUCAUAUCAAAUGCGUUAUCGGGAUCAAAUCCACCGUCGUCUGUGCGUCACACUUUAUCACUAUCUGGAAGUAAAGAUAAAAUUGUAAAAAGCGUUCCGUCGUUGCCGCAGGUGAACAGUAUUCGUCAAUCAAAUAACGAAAACACACAUUUAUUGAAAACUACUGCAAUUAAUGUUGCGAUUGAAAAAGAUAAAAAAACUAUUCAUUGUGUGACCAACCGUGUUCCUACAAAAAAAGGCCCUGGAAGUGGAAAUAAUAUUAUGGAUAACGAAUUCCAGAAGAUCACUCAUAAAAAAAAUAAGGCUACAAGAACCAACAAAAAUGAUUCAGUGAUUGCUGAUGAAGAUGGAUUGACUGGUAAUCAGGUUGUGGAUGCAUCGAGCCGUUUUGAUAUUUUACAAUCACUUGGUAGUCAGACCACAAAUACUACUGAAGCCCGUUCUACACAUCAAUCUGUAUCGUCAAUAGAAGACAGAACAGAAUGUCCUUCAGUGGAUACAGUACAGAAACCAAAGAAUGAGGAAUCAGAAAAAGCACAAAAGAAUAAUACAAAUGCAAAGGCACUAGCUGAUGAUAAGAUUAAAGGUGAUAAUCAAAGUGUGGUUAAACGCCCAAGCUUAUCUUCAGCUCAGCGUAAUGUUCUGAAGAAACCGGUGGGAACUCGAAGAGAAGGGGUUCUUCACUCGUCAGCUGAUGCUAAUAGAUGUGGUCGAAAGCAGCGGAACGCAGCUAAAAAACACGUCGUUGUAACAUUUAUAUUUUCCAUUAUCAAAAGUGUUCUCCAGUGGGUCAUGUAUCUUGUACUUGACAUAUCAGUACAGUUAUGGGAUAUUACUCUUUAUACCAUUGUAACUGGAUACAAAAAUAUCGUGUCUAUUUGUCGUCGAUUGUGGUACUCUAUGUUAGACUCGAUGAGGAAGUUUUGGGAAAGCAUUCGUUUGUCCAACAUCAAAAAAAUAUGGACACAUCAAGUGAAAGUGGAAGAAUGGGGUCUAAGUGAUAAUAUUCAAUUACCAGUAACAGGGGAUGAAGCAAUUGAAAGGAUUCUGAAAUGCCGUGGACGUGAUGCGUACGUAAUACUGGGUGUAAGAGCAGAUUGUAAGGAUGAUGAAAUCAAGCGAUAUUAUAAAAAACAAGCAGUUCUAGUUCAUCCUGACAAGAACUGUUCAAGUGGAGCUGAUGAAGCCUUCAAAAUUCUUUCAAAAGCUUUUGAUGCGAUCAGCACUCCUGAAGUUCGAAACAAAUAUAAUAUUGCUAAUGUACAUAAAAAUCCAUUGCACAAAGAGAUGGAAGAGUUAUGGGAACGUUUGCGUCAAAAAGUGAAUGAAGCAAGAAAUGCGAUGUAUUGUGAUUGUGGUAGUAAGCAUACACGUAUACCGAUAGAGGGUAUUCGAGCAUCGGAAGCUCGCUACUGCAAAAAAUGCAGAGUUCGUCACCCGGCAAAACAUAACGAUAUUUGGGCAGAAACUCGCCUUGGUGGCUUUGUAUGGGUUUAUUACGCAUGUUUGGAUGGUGUUGUUUAUGAUAUCACGCAAUGGGCUACUUGUUCGAGCAAUCAUUUAAAGCAUUUGAAAGCCAAUAGUCAUGUUGUGCAGUAUCGCUUGGUCACAGCCAAUGGAUCCGCUUUUAAUAAAAAUUCAUCUCAACGGGCAAGAAUUGGGCGGCAGCGUAAUUACAAUAAUCUCUGUAGUUAUAACCAAGGAGUGCUAGCUGGCGAUGGUUGUGCCUGUUCAGUAUCUCUUGGCUAUAAUGAUUUAGGAGCAAAGUCACAACAGGCGUCAUAUCGUCCACCAGAAAGAACUUCCUUAAACGGUGACGGGCCACGUCGUGCUGGAAGACGUCGCAAACAACGAUAA